AUGAAAUCGAUAGAUGAUAAGAGCGAAUUUUCCUAUACCGUUAUUAACGAAGGAAAACCCUUGUGCACGGUCGUUAAUGAUCUAAAUGGCCGAGUUUGUUAUUGCGAGAGGAUCUCGUUAAAACGGUUUAAACACAAGUACAAAGAGAAGAUUAGCACGUAUAUCAACAAAAUAUCCCUCUUAAACCACAUCAAUCUUGUUAAGUAUAGCCCGUACCGGAACAAUGUAUCCAAUUUAUUUUAUGACGUCUACACCGACAUGACCUUUGGAUGCUCUCUUCAGGACGUUAUUGAUGACCGUAUUUUUCACCAGGAGCCCUUUUCAGAAGAAGAGAUAUGGGACAUUUUAGUGCAGUGUCUAGCCGGUCUCUCUUAUAUUCACAAUUGGAAGAACCUUGACGGCCUCCACUCCUUUCCUCAUGGGUGUUUAGAUCCCAAGCACAUCUACUUCGACAGCUUCGGGGUCCUUAAGAUAGGCAAUUUGGCUCAGAGUUGUAUCAACGCUGCCAGUACGUCCGCUGCACAGCAACCUCAGAUGUAUGACGCGCCCGAAGUGAAGCUCACAGGUACACGAUCUCACGUGUCAGAUACCUAUUCGCUGGCGAAACUUAUUCACAGCUUGGCCACUGUCGAUCACCACUUUUGUUCUGACCCUUCAAUCUCGACUGCUGAGCUACGGAUGCUCUAUCCUUUUCCAGAAAUAAGCCUCAAAUAUAGUAAUGAGCUCUAUAACGUUGUACAGCUCAUGGCAACCAGUGAGGAAGAGCAUCGUCCAUCCGCCACAAAUCUGCUAAAGAACCAUCUAAUAGCAGAUCAUGUAGCUGAUCUAAACACCCGCAGAGGUAUUGUCCUGGGGGUCAAUAACCGAACAGAGUUAAUGAAUGCUGUUCUAAGAAACGAUAUAGACACAGUUAUGAAUUUGAUUCCAUAUCAAGCGGGUCUUGCUGAGCGCUCAGGCAAGACAGCCUUAAUACAUGCAGCAGAAAACGGUUAUAUUGAGAUUGCUAAGUGCCUAGUGCGAUACGAAUGCAGAUACCAGAUUGUUGCCAAUGGUGAAUGGCGUGGGAUGACAGCCCUGAUGUUUGCCGCAAGAAACGGGAAUCAUGGGAUCGUGAGCCUUCUUAAGCCCUACGAACGUAAUAUAUCCACAGAGUCUGGGCACUUUGCCCUUCGCUUGGCCACGGUGUCGGGGAAGACCGAGUGCGCAAAUGAGCUGUUCAUAGACGAAUUUCGGCUUCUUCGUCACUUUGGAUGGACAACACUGAUGAUUGGCACAGUAUUUACAUUCACGGAACUCAAUAAGAACUUCCUCAGCACUGAUCUGGGGCAGCAAGACAACAGAGGCUUUACCGCGUUGAUGGUUGCUGCAGCCAACAAUAAGAACGACAUGCUAGACUAUCUUAUCGAACGAGAAGCAGGAAUGUCUAACUGUAACGAUUACACCGCACUGAUGGCUGCAGCCAGGGCGAACAAUGUUCAAGCCGUCAAUAUGCUCAUACCCUACGAGGCAGGAAUGAAGGAUGAUAAUGGAUGGUCAGCAUUGAUGUACGCAGCUCACGGAAACAAUACAGAGUGUAUUCUGGCCCUGUUGGAUAAAGAAGCUGGCUUGCAAUCUAACGGCCUGCAAACUGCAAUGAUGAUUGCCGCACAAUGCAACCACUUGGAGGCGGUUAAGAUACUCGCACCUUGUGAGCAGAAGAAACAGGAUAUUGAUGGCUUCACUGCAUUCUUGUAUGCUUCUGACAGAGGAAACUAUCAAAUAGUAGACUUUCUGCUGGACUUUGAGGAAGAGAUAGUCAGUAACAGCGGGUAUACGGGUCUCAUGCUUGCGGCCAAGAAGGGGCACGCGAAGAUAGUCAAGCUUCUCGCCAAAACGCUUUCCAAGAGGGUAACAAACACGUUUAAUAGAGCCCCGGGCACCACAGCGUUGAUGUUUGCAUGCUUCAAUCGGCAGUAUGAGUGCGCAAAGAUUCUUUGCAGGUACGAGCGCGGGAUGAAGACGACCGUUGGAACCACCGCGCUGAUGGCUGCUGUUUCAUCCAAGGCACCGGACUGUGUCAAGCUGUUAGCCCCCUAUGAGCUGCUCAUAAAGAAUAUCGACAAUAAAACAGUUUUAGAUAUGGAUACUACCGAAGAGAUACGAGAAAUCCUCUUGCUUCAAGAGGUUAAGAGGAAUGCAGCUAAACAGGCUCUACUCGCCGACCCUGAAGAGGCGCCAUCCAGUAAUGUAAACUAG